AUGGCUGUGUAUGUUCUUUUUUGGCAACGAGAGGAUCUUACUAGGCUGCAGGUCCGUGCCACAGAAAUAGAAAGGCCAAAGAAGUGGAAGCCAGAUCACAGUCAGGUUAGACGGAUUGUCUUGCUGGUGUUGGGCUUGGUCGUCGGGUCGGCCCACAGCAGCUGCCUGAGCGGAGGCUGUGGCGGAGGAUCCUCUGGUGGCGUCAGCCGCUCCUACGGAGGACCCACCAAUAGCUUCGGAGGAGGAGGCGGAUCCUUCGGGGGAGGAUCCCUUGGAGGCGGGUCCUUCGGGGGAAGAUCCUUUGGAGGCGGAUCCUUCGGGGGAGGAUCCUUUGGAGGCGGAUCCUUCGGUGGAGGAUCCUUUGGUGGUGGUUCGUUCGGAGGAGGAUCUGGAGGUGGCGGUGGAGGAGGAAUAAGUACCAGAUAUGGAGGACCAACCAAUAGCUUCGGUGGAGGAGGUGGCGGUGGCUCCUUUGGAGGAGGAGUAUCCUUCGGAGGAGGAUCCUUCGUGGUGGGUCCUCAGGAGUAA